ACGCAUAACAUAGCACAUACCGUAAACUGGACGGUCUUGAACUCAGACGAAGGUUUGACCGCUUCUCUCAAACUUUGGAUUAACCAAUACUCUCAGCCCAAUCCUCAAAUUAAUCGAGAUUUCCACCGGGUUUAUGAUUAUAUCACCCACCUUCACACACACGGCUAUCGCUUCCGUUCAUCUUCCGUCGCCAUUGAAGAAGCUCCACUUGAGAUCCCUCCCCCUGCAUCCAUAAUCAUUGGAUUCCAUUUCCGAAUUUGAGCUGGCGAUCUGACCAGGCAGCCUCUGUUUGUAAUAAUCGAAUAUACAGACUCACACGAUCAGCUGCAACUGAAGUUCAUUUCAUUUCCCCAACCUUCCGAAUUUUCUCCCUUCGCCUCACCAAUUUAUCCUUGGGACGUACGAGGGGCUGUCUGGAAUUGGUGAUUUUUUUUUUUUUUUUUUGUGAAUUGUAUGUAACGUGGAUUUUCGAGCUGAUUCGUUUGUAGCUUGAACGUAUGUUGCUUCGUUUAUUGGCAACUUCCUGUGAAACAUUGAAACAAUGGAUUUGAAGGACCGCUUGAUUCUGGGUCAUCGUACUGUCAUGUAAUGACAACUUGAACUUCUAUCAAGUUCUAGAAGGAAGCAUGAACAUCGUUAAGGGUGUAGCUGACCUGAUUCGAAGGACAUCUAGUGGCCCUAUUGGAGUGUCCGUUUCAGGGUCACAAGCUAACUGGUCACAUUCUCCGGGUCAAAAAAUACGAUUCGGCGAAGUUGGUGAUGAGGCAAUUCUUAAUGAACUUUGGGUUAGAUGUGAACAAGCUGCUGAUAAGGGGGAGAGAAAAAGGUUGUUUUAUGUUUUCUUGAGGCAAUUUAUAGUAGCAUACAAGAACUGGAAACCCAUAAAUUCUGGCUGGCUCUCGGAGGAUGCCUUACCUUCUGUGGAGAACUUGUCAACUUCAGAUUAUACUGUUGGCUGCUCUAGUGGACAUCCUGCGGAAAUCAUUUUAAAAUUAAGUGAAGAGGUCAAACAAUUGACUUCUCUUAUUGUUGAAUGGCGGUCCACAGCAGAUUUACUUGGAGCAUCAAUUGGCUUAAAUUUAACUUCAGAAGGGUUUCUAGUCUUGGAUGCCUUGGAAAUAGUUAUGCGUUCAAUGCAUAACUGUAAAGUUUUUGGGUACUAUAGUGGGAUUCAGAAGCUCACAGCAUUGAUGAAAGGGGCUGUUAUCCAACUUAAGACAAUAGCAGGCGAACUUUCUGUUGAUGAAGGUGUAUCAAACAUUGUUGUGGAAAAUACAAAACUCCUACAAAAAAUGUUAAAAUACGUGGUGUCAAUAAUACACAUUUUCAUUGACAUUGAUUCACUUUUUUAUGUGGAGGAUCAUUCUCUAAGUAUGAAGGUACCAACUUGUGAAGAGAGAUUAAUGUGGCGCCAGAAGGCAGUUGUGUUGGUGAUGGAAGCUGGCGGAAUUAAUUGGUUAGUAGAAUUGUUGCGGGUUACUAGAAGGUUGAAUAUCAAAGAACAAAAUAUUGAAGUUGAGCUCCAAUUUUUGGCUUUAAAAAUUCUCUAUUCUGCAUUAUCUGAGAACCCACGAGGUCAAAAUCAUUUUAAAAGCAUUGGUGGACUUGAAGUUUUGUUAGAUGGUCUUGGACUUCCAUCCAAAAUUGUUUUAGCUCCAAAGGACCCAGCUGGUGCUGACAAGAAAAGAGACGAGAGCCGCUUCCUUAACAUUUUGCAGCUGCAUGUUCUUUCACUGGCAGUCCUUAGAGAGGCUGUCUUUGGGAAUUUAAACAACAUGCAAUUUUUGUGUGAAAACGGGAGAGUCCAUAAAUUUGCAAAUAGCUUUUGUUCUCCAGCUUUCAUGCUUCAAGAAUACAAACUGCAGAUUGGUGAAUUAUCUGGACAGCAUGAUUUUAGAUGGCCUAUCUUCGACUGUAAAUACAAUGUCGCAGCACAUUCAGGAGAAUGUUCAGUUGUACCUUUAACCGAUCUCACUCAUGUACAAUCUUGGAACAAAUAUGUUGUGAAGUUAUGCAAAGUACUUUGUUCUUUUCUUCUUGCCCCUGAAGAUGUUAAACCUCAUCAUCCUCAAGCAUCUUCCAUUCGAAUCAUGACACCGGUUUCAUUGGUCUAUGGUGAUCUUUCAAUCAAAUGGGUCAUGAGGGUACUUGUUGCUGUGUUUCCCUGCAUUAGGGCUUGCUCUAAUCAAAAUGAUUUGCCUGUCCACUUGAGGGUCCUUGCCAAUGCUUUGCAACACUCUGUCCUUACUGCAUUUAGAAAGUUCCUUGUAUCUUCUCCAGCGUCCCUUGAAAUUUUUCGAGAAGAGGGGAUAUGGGAUCUUUUCUUCUCUGAAAAUUUUUUCUAUUUUGGACAUGCUUCUGAGGAUUUUUCCUUAGAAUGUUGCACAAACAAUGAUGAUGAUUCCUCGGAGAAACCUGAAACAUAUUAUGCUACUAGCUCAAACAGUCCACUAAAGGUUGAGGGGGUUGAUAUAAUUCAAAUUGAAGUAAUUUCAUUUGUAGAGUUUGCUUCAACUACUUGUGGAAGUGCACAUAAUUUACCUGAAUUAUCUGCUUUGUUGGACACCCUUGAACAGUCGGCUUGUAAUCCGGAGGUUGUCAUUGCUCUUUCUAAAAGCCUGCUCCACAUAUUACAAAUUUCAUCUGAGAGAACUGUUGCUUCAUUCAAGACACUGAAUGGCGUUCCCCGGUUGCUUAAAGUUGCUUGUGUUCAAGCCCAGGAACAUAGAAGAUAUGAAAAUGUUAUCUCAUCUGAGAUUAACUAUGUCGGAGACAUUCAAUCUCAAACUAAUCAGGGACAUGAUUCAAGGGAGACAGGUCAAAGUUAUCUUUCAUGCUUGGAAACCAUCAUGGAGGUUUUCACAGAAUUUUUCUCAAUAGGAGAUGAAGCUAAAAAUUUGGUUAUGCUUAGUUCAACAUCAUGAAUUGAUUGUUUGUUUGAUUUAUUUUGGGAAGAAACUUUGAGAAGCCAUGUGCUUAAACACACACUUGAGCUCAUGAAGAUAAAACCAAUUUCUGAGGAAGAUCAAAAGGCAAAAUUGUAUAUUUGUACGAAAUAUCUUGAAAUGUUUGCUCAAAUUAAAGAGCGGGAGAAAAGUUCUACGGAGCUCUCUAUUGAUCUGUUGGUUGGAAUCAGAGAGAUGCUUCUUAAUGAUCCUCAGUACUACCAAACUCUGUUUCGUGAUGGAGAGUGCUUUUUGCAUAUUGUCUCUUUGUUGAAUGGUAAUGUAGAUGAGGCAAAUGGUGAAAAGUUGAUUUUGAACGUCCUUCAAACUCUUACUUGUCUGCUAGCUAAAAAUGAAGUCUCAAAGGCUUCAUUUAGAGCUUUGGCUGGCAAAGGUUAUCAGACAAUGCAAACUUUACUCUUGGACUUCUGUCAAUGUCAUCCAAGUGAUGCACUCUUAAGUGCCCUUCUCGAUAUGCUUGUUGAUGGAAAUUUUGACUUGAAGUUGUGCCCUAUUAUACAGAAUGAAGAUGUGAUCAUUCUUUAUCUGAGUGUUCUGCAGAAGAGCAGCGACUCGCUGAAGCAUCAAGGGCUUAAUAUGUUUCAACAUCUUCUUCGGGAUUCUAUAUCCAAUCGAGCUUCUUGUGUGAGAGCAGGGAUGCUGACAUUUCUUCUGGAUUGGUUUGGGCAAGAUAACAAUGACGAUCUCAUUGUGAAAAUUGCUCAGUUAAUUCAUGUAAUAGGUGGGCAUAGCGUAUCCGGGAAGGAUAUCCGCAAAAUUUUUGCUUUGUUAAGGAGCGAGAAAGUUGGAAAACAGAAACGUUAUUGCUCGUUGUUGAUGGCGAGUAUUUUAUCAAUGCUAACUGAGAAAGGACCAACUGCCUUUUUUGAUCUGAGUGGGAACAAUUCUGGGAUCUUAAUUAAAACACCUGUUCAGUGGCCUAUCAAUAAAGGAUUUUCCUUUUCAUGUUGGCUUCGGGUAGAAAACUUCCCAAUACAUGGAACAAUGGGUCUAUUCAGCUUCCUUACAGAAAAUGGAAGAGGCUGCGUGGCUUUGCUUGCAAAGAACAAGCUUAUUUAUGAGUCUAUCAAUCUAAGGAGACAAACUGCCAGGUUACAUGUUAAUAUAGUCAGAAAGAAGUGGCAUUUUCUUUGUAUAACCCAUAGUAUUGGAAGAGCAUUCUCUGGGGGUAGCUUGUUGAAGUGUUAUGUGGAUGGUGAUCUUGUUUCAUCUGAGAGAUGCAGAUAUGCUAAACUUUAUGAACCACUAACAAAUUGCACGGUUGGAGCAAAGUUCAAUGUGUCUCUGAGCGAAGAAGUUGAUACUAAGGAAUCUGUUGAAGCUGCAUUUCCUUUUCUUGGUCAGAUAGGUCCUGUUUAUUUGUUUAAUGAUGCACUUUCUUCUGAGCAAGUGCAGGGUAUUCACUCUCUUGGACCAAGCUAUAUGUAUUCCUUUCUUGACAAUGACAUAGCUACUUUCUCUGAAAAUCAAUUGCCUAGAGGAAUUCUUAAUGCUAAAGAGAGUUUGGCAUCAAAAAUUAUCUUCGGCCUUAAUGCACAGGCAAGCAGUGGGAAAUCAUUGUUUAAUGUUUCACCAACAUUAGAUCUCAUUUCCGAAAAGAAUUCUUUUGAAGCUACUGCUAUGGGUGGGACAGAGUUAUGUUCAAGACGCUUACUACAGAGGAUUAUCUACUGUGUUGGGGGUGUCACUGUACUUUUUCCUCUAAUUUCUCAGUCUGACAGAUAUGAAAGUGAAAGUAGUGGUCAGUUUGGUCAGAAUGUGGAUGUAAUUGAUACAAAAGAGUGUCUAACAGCUGAAGUUAUUGAACUUAUUGCUUCUGUCCUUGAUGAGAAUUUACCAAAUCAACAUCAGAUGCAUCUUCUUUCUGGGUUCUCCAUUCUGGGAUUUUUGCUGCAAUCGGUCAAUCCACAACAACUUAAUAUGGAAACUCUUGCAGCCUUAAAACAUCUUUUCAGUGUCAUUUCAAACUGUGGAUUUUCUGAGCUUCUCAUUCAAGAUGCUAUAUCUAGCAUAUUUCUUAAUCUCUCAAUCUGGAUCUACUCUGCUUAUGAGGUGCAGCGUGAAUUAUACUUGUUUCUCAUUCAGCAGUUUGAUAAUGAUCCCAGACUGCUCAAGAAUCUUUGCCGCCUUCCACUUAUUCUUGAUAUGAUUUGUAAGUUCUACUGUGACAAAGAUAAAUGUAAAUUUGGUUCUGGAAGCAAGACAUCUCUGCAUCCACCUGUUGGGGUUCUUGGAGAAAGGCCUACGAAGGAUGAAAUACGGAAAAUUCGUCUUCUUUUACUAAGCCUUGGGGAAAUGAGCAUUCGGCAAAAUAUUGUAGCGGCUGAUAUAAAAGCUCUUAUUGCCUUUUUUGAAAGAAACCAGGAUGUGACAUGCAUAGAGGAUGUUUUACACAUGGUUAUCCGGGCUAUAGCCCAAAAGACAGUUCUUGCUUCCUUCCACGAGCAAGUUAGUUUCAUUGGUGGCUAUCCAAUUUUUGUCAAUCUUCUACAGAGGGAAUUUGAACCUAUCAGAUUGCUUAGCUUGCAGUUUCUUGGUAGACUUUUGGUUGGUCUUCCUUCCGAGAAGAAAGGACUAAGAUUUUUCAAUCUACCAAGUGGAAAAGCUAAAUCUGUUCAAGAGAGCCAUAAGAAAAUUAAUUUAAGGAUGCAACCGCUAUUCUCAGCUAUAUCUGAUAGGUUGUUUAGGUUUCCACCAACAGACAAUUUAUGUGCUGCGUUGUUUGAUGUUCUUCUAGGGGGUGCAAGUCCCAAACAGGUGUUGCAGAAACAGAAUCAGUCUGAUGGACAAAAAAACAAAUCUCCUGGAUCUCACUUUGCUGUUCCACAGAGUCUGGUUCUUAUUUUCCGGUUCUUAUGUAGCUGUGAAGAUAUUUCUGCAAGACUAAAAAUAAUCACAGAUCUUCUUGAUCUUCUUGACACAAAUCCUUCUAAUAUUGAAGCUUUUAUGGAAUAUGGAUGGAAUGCUUGGUUGACAGCCUCUGUAAAGCUUGGUGCUUUGCAGCAAUACAAAGUUAGGUCAAUGGAUCAAGUCGAGGAUAAAAUAAAUGAACAGUGUAUGAUAAGGAAACUAUUUUCUGUUGUUCUUUUGCAUUGCAUAUGCUCUGUGAAGGGAGGCUGGCAACAUUUAGAAGAAACAGCAACUUUCCUUCUUAUGCAGUCUGAGAAAGGCCAAGUCUCCUUUAAGUACUUUCUUCGUGAUAUGUAUGAAGAUCUGAUUCAGAUGUUAGUGGAUUUAUCUUCUGGGGAGAAUAUAUUUGUUACACAACCAUGUCGAGAUAAUGCAUUAUACCUUCUAAGGCUUAUUGAUGACAUGCUUAUAGCCGAACUUGACCAUCAAUUGCCGAUUCUAGCGACUGUCUUUGAUGUUUCUCUCGACUCCACGGAACUGGAGCUUUACAUCUCUGCCUUACAUGAUGUUUUGCAAGGAGAAUCUGAUGACUGGACAGCAAGAUAUUCACAGCAUCAAAUGGAAGUUAAAGAUGACAAGAUGGAUGAAAAUUGGUGGCACCUUUAUGAUAAAUUGUGGAUUGUUAUUAGUGAGAUAAAUGGCAAGGGGCCGAACAAAACUUUCCCAAAAUCAUCAACAUCUGGAGGUCCUACACUUGGUCAAAGAGCCCGUGGAUUAGUAGAGUCACUCAACCUUCCUGCUGCAGAGAUGGCUGCAGUUGUUGUAUCAGGUGGCUUAGGCAGUGCAUUGGGAGGAAAACCAAACAGAAUUGUUGAUAAGGCAAUGGUUUUGCGCUCGGAGAAGUUCCCACGAAUUAUUCUUCGACUUGUGAUGCUUUACAUUUGCAAGUCUCCUCUUGGAAAAGCAUCACGAUGUGCACAACAGUUUAUUUCACUUUUACCUUCUCUUGUGGUUGCUGAUGAUGAGCAAAACAAAAAUAGGUUGCAGCUGUUCAUCUGGUCUUUGCUUGCUGUUAGGUCACAGUACCGAAUGCUAAAUAAUGAUGCUCGCAUUCAUGUCAUAUCCCAUUUGAUUCGAGAAACUGUAAGCUAUUGCAAAUCAAUACUUGCAAACAGUCUAGUCAGCGCAGAUGAUUCCUCAGAUACUAGUGUUUUUCUUAAAGAGACUGGAUACAUCCACAACCUGAUACAAAAAGAACGAGUUUCUGCAGCUAUAGCUGAUGAAGCAAACUAUAUGAAGACAUCAAAAAUUGACCAUGAGAAGCAGUUGCAUGAUCUAAGGAUCAGAAUGGAGGAUACCUUUUCUAACGAGUCUAACAGCCAGAAGGUUUUUGAAGAUGAGAUGCAAGGUAGUCUGACUUCCAUUUUGAUUGCAGAUGACAAUAGAAGGGCUGCAUUCCAGCUUGCGUACGAGGAGGAGCAGCAAAAUAUUACGGAAAAGUGGAUGCACAUGUUUCGUGCUUUGAUUGAUGAGCGUGGUCCGUGGUCUGCUAAUUCUUCUCCAAAUAUUUCUUCAACACACUGGAAACUUGACAAGACUGAAGAUAUGUGGCGACGAAGACCUAAGCUAAGAAAGAAUUAUCACUUCGAUGAAAAGUUGUGUCACACCCCAUCAAAUUCUCCUGGUGCUGACAUUACUAAUGCUGAAAAUGAAAACAAAUCUAGUAUUGUUGCACACAUUCCAGAGCAAAUGAAAAGAUUUUUGUUGAAAGGUGUUCGGAAAAUAACUGAUGAAGGAAACUCAGAACCCAUUGAAAAUGAUGCUGAACAAUGUGAACCUAAUGCUUCCAUUCUCAAGAACUCUUCAGAUGGCCAAUACCCAGAGCUAAGCAAAGACAUUGGUGACUGGAAAGAUACUGUACAGGACAGAAAAGAUACUUCUUUAUUUUCUCCAGUGACCGGAGAAAGCGAGGUUCUCAUGUCAACUCCAUGCAUAUUUGUGACACCAAAAAGAAAAUUAGCUGGACGUUUGGCUGUAAUGAAAAAUGUUUUGCAUUUCUUUGGCGAAUUUUUGGUCGAAGGUACUGGUGGAGCAUCCACCUUUAAGAACUUCGAAGUUCUUAAAAGUUCAAAUUUGACUAAGCUCAAUCAAAGGCAGAAAUCUCUAAAGUGCCCUUUAUAUUUACAAUCGGAUUCCAGAAAGAGUACUGCAGUUGAUAACAUGGAGAAUGAUGAUGGUUAUUUAAAAAGACCUCUAAAAAAUGUCAGACGCCAUAGGAGAUGGGACAUUGGAAAGAUAAAAGGAGUUCACUGGACUCGAUAUUUGUUAAGAUACACUGCAAUAGAGAUCUUCUUCAGUGAUUCAGUUGCACCCGUCUUUUUUAAUUUUGACUCUCCAAAAGAUGCAAAAGAUAUUGGUACUCUAAUUGUUUCUAGUAGAAAUGACUAUUUGUUUCCUAAAGGCAGUAGUCGAAGUCAAAGUGGAGUUAUUUCUUUUGUUGAUAGACGUGUUGCCCUAGAGAUGGCGGAGACUGCCAGAGAGAGUUGGAGAAGGAGGGAUAUUACAAACUUCGAAUAUUUAAUGAUUCUCAAUACUCUUUCUGGAAGAUCUUAUAAUGAUUUAACUCAGUAUCCAGUCUUUCCCUGGGUUUUGGCGGAUUACUCCUCUGAGGUUCUUGAUUUUAACAAGUCAUCAACUUUUCGAGAUCUUUCAAAGCCUGUUGGUGCGUUAGAUUUGAAACGCUUUGAGGUUUUUGAAGAUAGAUAUCGUAACUUUUGUGAUCCUGACAUACCAAGUUUUUAUUAUGGAUCUCAUUACUCAAGCAUGGGAAUUGUUCUGUACUACCUUCUUCGAUUGGAGCCAUUUACUUCUCUUCACCGGAAUUUGCAAGGUGGUAAAUUUGAUCAUGCAGAUCGGCUUUUCCAAAGCAUUGAGGGGACAUAUCGAAAUUGCCUGUCCAAUACAAGUGAUGUGAAGGAGUUGAUACCGGAGUUCUUUUACCUGCCAGAGUUUCUCUGCAAUUCAAAUCACUAUCAUUUGGGGGUUAAACAAGAUGGUGAACCCAUAGGUGAUGUAGUCCUCCCACCCUGGGCCAAGGGCUCACCUGAAGUAUUCAUAAGUAGAAACCGGGAAGCGCUUGAAAGUGAGUAUGUUAGUUCGAACCUACAUCACUGGAUAGAUCUGGUCUUUGGUUAUAAGCAGCGUGGAAAACCAGCAGUGGAGGCUGCAAAUGUCUUUUAUUAUUUGACAUAUGAAGGUGCUGUUGAUCUUGACACCAUGGAAGAUGAUCUGCAAAGAUCAGCAAUUGAGGAUCAAAUUGCUAACUUUGGCCAAACACCAAUCCAGAUUUUUCGUAAAAAACAUCCAAGAAGAGGGCCACCUAUACCAAUAGCGCACCCGUUAUAUUUUGCUCCUGGUUCCAUUAAUUUAACGUCCAUUAUUUCAUGUUCUACCAAUCCUCCAUUAGCCAUAUUACACAUUAGUAUGUUAGACACGCAUAUUGUUCUUGUGAGCCAGGGGUUAGUUCUGACUGUUAAGAUGUGGUUGACCACCCAGUUACAGUAUGGAGGAAACUUCACAUUCUCUGGGUCCCAGGAACCUUUUUUUGGAGUGGGUUCUGAUGUUCUUUCUCCUCGUAAAAUUGGGAGCCCUUUAGCUGAAAAUUUAGAACUUGGAGGACAAUGUUUCGCUACCAUGCAAACACCUGUUGAGAACUUUUUGGUUUCUUGUGGGAAUUGGGAUAAUAGCUUUCAUAUUAUUUCUGUGGCUGAUGGGAGGUUGUUACAGAGCAUUCGACAGCAUAGUGAUGUGGUUAGCUGUGCAGCAGUGACAUCGGAUGGAAGUAUUCUUGCCACGGGAAGUUAUGACACUACAGUUAUGGUGUGGAAAGUUCUCCGUGGUAGGAGCACUGAAAAACGAGUACGCAGCACACAAUCGGAGUCACCUCGAAAAGAUUAUGUUAUUGCAGAGACUCCAUUUCAUGUUCUUUGCGGGCACGAUGACAUAAUUACUUGCUUAUAUGUUAGUGUGGAGCUAGACAUAGUUAUCAGUGGAUCAAAAGAUGGGACUUGCAUUUUCCAUACGCUUCGUGAGGGAAGAUACAUAAGAUCUUUGCAUCAUCCAUCUGGUUGUGGGUUGUCAAAGCUUGUAGCUUCUCGGCACGGUAGAGUUGUUUUUUAUGCUGAUGAUGAUCUUAGUUUGCACCUCUAUUCCAUAAAUGGUAAACAUUUGGCUGCUUCUGAAUCAAAUGGCCGCCUCAACUGUGUUGAACUGAGUCAAUGUGGCGAGUUUUUGGUCUGUGCCGGUGAUCAUGGUCAGAUAGUUGUCCGCUCCAUGAACUCACUUGAGGUUAUAAGUAGGUACAAUGGAAUUGGAAAAGUAAUCGUAUCUCUAACUGUUACUGCCGAAGAAUGUUUUCUUGCUGGGACAAAAGAUGGAAGUCUUCUUGUAUAUUCUAUUGAAAAUCCUCAACUACGAAAAACUGGCCUUCCUCGAAAUACCAAAUCUAAACCUUCUGCUGUGGGAUAGGACCUUUUUCUAGGAGUUUUGGAAUUCUAACGUUCUGCACUGUUAUGCCAGAGCAUUUAGCAGUAGCUACGACUUAUCAAGUCAUAAGGAAUGGAAGACUGAUGAUAUCAACUCUUUCAAAUUUUUUUAAGUACUCCAUAUCUGAGGAUAGGGAAGGAUGUACUUGCCAAUAGCUCGAACAGCCUAACAUAUCCUUGCGUAAUUGCUUCACACACGACAUGGGAUCCCAAAUGAAUCCCGAGGCAUUUUUUUUCUUGCACCAUGAGAUUUUUACUUGAUCUCUUAUACAAAUGAUCUGAUUAUCUUCAUCUUGGGGAAAUGAAUAGACAAUGGGAGCUGAAACUUGUAUAUAGUUGGUAGACAAAAUGUCCAUAAUUAGUUGGCCCACCUCAGUUUACCUUUAGCCUUUGGGGCCUCAAACUUAAUGAACAUCAUUAAGUGAGGAUACUUUUCAAUAGGUUUAGUUCUUUCCCCUUUUUUAGCUUCAGCUCUUAAUUAUAUUGUUCAUAUUAAUUUGUAUAUUUCACUCAUCCCAUUGAUUUAGUACUUACCUCCUUGAUAUAAGAUGUAUCUGCCAGCAGUUCUAAUUUACAUCUAAAUUCAGAUAUGGCUCUUGAUCAUUUACGUUCCUCUCAUUGCAUUGCAUUUGUAAUUAAGUAGCUUUGUUGACCUCAUUGAAAAUGAAAUGUAUUCUUGACA